CUGCGCUGUGGGCUGGGAGCUUCUCAUUUGGGAGUGCUCUCAACUGACAAAAAAAGGACUUCCCCGGGCCCUGCCUGCCUGUCCAAAUGCCUGUGUAAAUACUGGAUAGAGAUAUCAUUUUGUCUGGGAUCUAACGUUGCCCAACAAAGAGACUGGAAGCCAUCUAUAGAAAACGUUACCAGAAAUCUGGACGCUGUGGUCUGCAGAAUUGCUACCUAUCUAUUCCUCUUCCAGGAAGAUUCAAGAGCUGUGAGAACUGGAAUGAGAGCUGCCACCGUUUGACGCUUUGAGAUUUUAACCAAACUCACAGGCUCAACAGCUGUCAGUCAUUUGGGGGCUGCAGUUUUGAUGUCUUUCCCAGCUUAGUGAAUCAACAUGAAGCCCCUAACGCCAGCUGGGUCCCCCUCUCCUCUGAGGCUCCUCAACAAGGGUCCGGACUACCUGCGCAGGCAGAUAGACGGAGGAGGCCACGGCCGCUCAAUCAGCGCUGUGGAGAGGCUCGAGGCGGACAAAGCCAAAUACGUUAAGAGCCAGCAGGUGAUCAACACCAAACAGGAGCCCGUGCUAGUGCCCUGUGCAACCCCACCACCGCAGCCCCGGCGCGCUAUCUCCAUCCCCGGUAGCCUGACGCCUCAUCUCCCCCCGCGGCGUUCAUCCAACACCCCCUUCUCCACGCUCUCCGGCUCCUUCACCUCCAGAGAUGAGAAUGAAAACGACGACUCCAGGAAGGAGAACAGACGGACUUCUGUCGACGUGGAGGCGCAUAACAGGAGCAACGUGAGCAAAGUGCUGCCUCCCAUCCCCAGGACGCCUGGCGUCAACGCCAUGGUGGCGCCGCACAGCGCGCCUGUGCUCAGAAGAAGCACGGGAAAACGCAUGCUGAGGCCGGACUCGCUGGUCAUUUACAGGCAGAAGAAAGAGUGCAAGAGCCCGAGUGGUGCAGCAGUGGGAGAGAACAAUAACUCUGAAGUGAAGGGCUACAGCUUCGUCCGCCGCCUCUUCCAGGGCUCCAUGAGGGAGAAGAGUAGCGGCAGUGAAGGCAGGAUCCAGAAGAUGGUGAUCGGGGAGGAGAAAGCGCCGUCUCGAGACGGAGACUCCCGCAUGUCUUGGACCAAUGACAGAGACGUUACAGAUGGAGGAGCAGGGAGCAGGAGGUCCAGUAAAACGGACCCAGAACGCAGCCCUGGGUCGCUCCCGAGCCCCGGGUUCAGCUGCGUGCUUGAACGGACUAAAAAUGGAAUUACAAAUGGUAGCAGUGAUGGCGUCACCAACGGCCACCACACAAGUACCCAUGACGACGAGAAUGACCCUUGGAAGCGGGCGUCGCCCCCAGCAACACCCAGGAGGCAGUUCGGGGAGCUGCGGCGCUCAAAGUCCGACCUGCGGCUGCGCUGCUCGGUGGCGUUGUCAGAGCAGGAGCAUUUCUUUGACUUCUGCGGGCUGGACGGGGACAUGAUCGAGCGUCUGGGCCGAGAGAAUUUCCUCUCCGGUGCCAGCUCCAUAGACACGCUGUCGCUGGCCCUCCGCAGCGUGGGUGGGGACGGCUGCGGCGGCUCGGAGCCCAGCGAGUUCUCCCAGCACUCGGGAGACGGGUUGUUUCAGGAGGAGCUGGCCGAGCAGCUUCCCACUGGCGUGUCAAUCAUCGAGAGGAACGCACGUGUCAUCAAGUGGCUUUACGGGUGUAAGAACGCUGCUCGAGAGGGACCCAAAGAGUCGACCGUGUAAUAAAGGGACACAGAAACCACGUGCCGUGGAGUGCUGAGAGGCUGAAGGUGUUCUCUCUAACAGCUUACAGUUUGCUGGUUUCUUUAGUAAACCACAAGGAUGUGAGCAUUCCUACACAGAGAGAAGGUGCAGACCGUUACACUUUGUGCAGAAAUUUGCUGUCAUGAAGUCCACAACAAACCAAAAGUCAAACAUUGACUCACGACUGAAUUUUCAAAAGCAACAGUCAGUAUGGGCUAUGAUUAGCUAGCAGCAUUGCCGCACUGCAUCACAGAAGGAAAAAAAUAGGACUUGAUUCUAUUUUUGAGCAGCAAGCAGCAAUGCAAGUCAAAGCAGCUGAGGCAAAACAUAUAUAUCCUUUAUUUAACCAGGUAAAAAGUCUCGUUGAGAUUAAAAAAUCUCUUUUGCAAGAGAGACCUGGACAAGAAAGCAGCAUAAAAAGUGACAAGUUACAACAUUUAAAACACAGUUAACAUAAACAAUUAAAUACAAAUACAGCCAUCACAACAUCAGUGACAUAAUUUCUUACUUUUACAUCUAAACAAGUGUCACUGACAGUCGACUUAAGGUUUGUUUCAGGCACUUCACGGCAAACAAUAGCCUUCAGUCCCUUGCUCUCCCUGACUCCAAAGAGACUCUUCUUCAAAUGAGAGGACAACUGCUACUAGUUUUGUCCAGUCAAAGUGAUAUAUUGUAUUUAUAGAUCCUAUGGAAGUAUUGUGUGGGUAUAGACAGAUCGUACUGGUGAAUGGAAUUAUUUCUCCGAGCAGUUUUGUAUCUGUGUGUGUGUGUGUGUGUGUGUGGUUGGCUGUCUGUGGAGUGGACGUUGCUGACAUUUGUAGCUUCGUUUCAGUUGGGUUUUUUUCAGCGAACUGAUCUGAAAUCAGCCCCUGUGAUCCCUCACAAGGCACAUAAGUGUAUGUUUGUCAUGACACAGCGGACACAGCUUAGUGUACUUGGCACCAACACUCUCCCUUAAUGACUAAAUUAAAAUGGAAAACCACUAAGCUAUGUUUUUUUUUUCUUUUCUAAACUGGAAAACUGUUGUGUGAGUGUGAAGUGAACCAUGAGUACCUCAUUCGGAUCUGUCCCAGUUUAGUUUGUGUGUUGCUUUUUUUUUUUACUCCUUAAAACGCAGGCGUUGGAACAAACAUGCGAGGCACCCCUGUGGGGUUGUUAAUGCACUGAACUGGACAGAGAGAGAGGAAAUGAAAGAUAGAGAUAUAGCUUUGACUCUUUAACAGACAUUCAUCUCAUAUGACGUUGUAAACACUGAGCUGGAUUCAAGAAAAGGAGCACCUGCACCGUGGACGACACAGAGCCACCUGGCCAGUAAUUUUAACCGUUUUCAUCUCAUUUUUUUCCCAAACUCUAAAGAGGGUCGAUUCUUUUAUACACAGUAUAAACACUGUCCAAUAAUCACUUGUGACACAGUCAUUGAUUACCACAGCUAAUGCUUCAUGCGUGUUCAGUGCUCACAGCUGCAAAAUGAGCAACAGGGGAAAGUUUCUGUCAGAGCAAAACUGGACUUUUACAAGCAAAUAUAAGCACAAUGGAGAUUUAAAGUGACCCAAAAAAAAAUCUAAAAUACAUUUGAAUGACCUUACCUGUAGUGCUAUUUAUCAACAGUAAUGGAAAAAAAAUAGACCACCCUUGUUUUCUCCUUGCUUUCAUGU